AUGGAGCACUACGUUACCAUUGCAUCUUGUCAGCUGAAUCAAUGGGCUCUUGAUUUUGAAGGGAACCGGGAUAGAAUCAUUGAAUCAAUCAAGCAAGCGAAGGAACAAAAGGCUCGUCUUCGCCUUGGUCCUGAGUUGGAAAUAACUGGUUAUGGAUGCGAAGAUCAUUUUCUUGAAACCGAUACUUAUACCCAUUCAUGGGAAAUGCUUUGCUGGAUUAUAAAGCAUCCCAAUUGCCAAGAUAUUUUACUUGAUAUUGGAAUGCCUGUCAUGCACAAGUCAGUACGCCAUAAUUGUCGUAUCAUAGCUUUGGAUGGAAAAAUCUUAUUGAUCCGACCUAAAUUAUGGCUUUGCGAUGAUGGAAAUUUUCGUGAAUCUCGCUGGUUCACUCCUUGGUUACGUCCUCGUGUCGUUGAAUCAUUCUACUUACCCACCUCGGUUGGUGAAUCACUCGGUCAAAAGCAAGUUCCCAUUGGCGAUGCUAUUCUUCAGUGUAAAGAUACCGUUGUAGGCAUUGAGACUUGCGAGGAAUUAUUUACCCCUGACAGCCCUCAUGUGGAUAUGGCCCUAGACGGUGUAGAAGUAUUUUUGAACGCCUCUGGUUCGCAUCACGAGCUUCGAAAACUAUCCACACGUUACAGGCUCAUCCAAAACUCCACGCAAAAAUGUGGUGGUAUUUACUUGUAUAGCAACCAAAGAGGCUGCGAUGGUGGUCGCUUGUACUACGACGGAUGCGCUAUGAUCCUUGCUAACGGAGAACUGCUAGCUCAGGGUAGUCAAUUUAGUUUAAGAGAUGUAGAAGUCGUUUCAGCUACGGCUAAUGUUGAUAAAGUUCGCUCAAACAGAUUUCAACCCUCGCACGGAUUACAAGGAAUUACUCGCCCUUCAUACGAGCGUAUAUAUGUCGACUUUAGCCUUAGUUCAUUUAAACAGAACUUUGACAUGCACAACAAGCCUACCGAAGAAAGACCCAUUCGUAUAGUUUCUCCUCAGGAAGAGAUUGCAUAUGGUCCAGCCUGCUGGCUUUGGGACUACUUGAGAAGAUCCCGUUCAGGUGGAUUCUUUUUACCCUUGAGUGGUGGUUUAGAUUCAGCUUCUAGUGCUGUGAUUGUUCAUAGCAUGUGUAGAAUUGUUACGAAUGCUAUCAAAGAUAAUGACCAAACAGUUUUAGCUGAUGUUCGUCGUAUUGUCGGUCAACAAGAUUACUCCUCAACUUGUCCCAGGGAGCUUGCUAGUCAUAUAUUCUACACAACUUUUAUGGGCUCUGAAAAUUCUUCUAAAGAGACAAGAAACCGUGCUAAGGAGUUAUCUUCCCUUAUUGGAUCAUACCAUGUGGAUUUGAGUAUCGAUACAAUGACUCGUGCGGUUGUAAGCCUAUUCGGCAUGGUAACAGGAAAAACUCCUCAAUUUCGUUCCCAUGGCGGCUCUACUGCCGAGAAUUUAGCUUUACAAAAUAUCCAAGCAAGAUCAAGAAUGCUUUUAGCCUAUUUGUUUGCUCAACUUUUACCAUGGGUUCGUGGUUAUUCGGGAUCUUUGCUCGUGUUGGGUAGUUCUAAUGUUGAUGAAUGUUUACGUGGAUAUCUCACCAAGUACGAUUGCUCUAGUGCUGAUAUCAACCCCAUUGGUGGAAUCUCAAAAACUGAUCUAAAAUCAUUCUUAGAAUUUACCAAGGAUGAAUUUGAUCUACCAAUCCUCCAAAACUUUUUGGAUGCUACUCCAACUGCUGAGUUGGAACCCACCACUAGUAAUUAUGUUCAGAGUGAUGAAGCUGAUAUGGGAAUGACUUAUCCCGAACUUAGCAUGUUUGGAAAGCUUAGAAAGAUUGGAAAGUGUGGCCCCUUGAGUAUGUUUAAUGAAUUAAUUCAUAAAUGGGGUGAUCACCUUUCUCCUACUGAGAUUGCUGCUAAAGUGAAGCGCUUCUUCUAUUACUACGGUAUUAACCGUCAUAAAAUGACCACCCUCACACCUAGUUAUCAUGCCGAGACUUAUGGAGUUGACGAUAAUCGUUAUGAUCUAAGGCAAUUUUUAUAUCCCUCUUGGACAUGGCAAAACAAGAGGAUUGAUGAUGUUGCUGCCAAGUAUGAAGAACAUGAAAGGAUGAAUAAAGGACAAGCACAAUAA